AUGAAAGAUCGAAUUGCUGGUAACACAUAUCUAUUUGACCCUGUAUUCCUUGUACUAAUUGGAUUAAUCGAGGUCGAGGAAAAACUCAUCAAAUCUGAUCGAAUGCCGUCGAUAUUUCAAGCAAUAUGCAAGAAAAUAAUAGUAGUAUUAAUGCUGGCGAGAUUUAAAAAUGAACGUCUUGUCUUACUUGAUGACACAUGUCUCUGGUGGAAAGUAAAACGUGUCGAUUCGGAUGAUACAGGAUACAUUCCAUCAAAUUUCGCACGACGUGAAAAACGUUCUCUAUUGGAUAAAAUAAUAUCGAAGCGUCUUGGUAAAAAGCAAGUCCUAAGUAACGUUUGUUCGAACGAUCGGUUCAUUUCCUCCGCGCUUGUGAAAUUUCGUUAUGAUGCUGAAAGUGAAGACGAAAUCAGCCUGAAUGUUGGCUUAUGGGUGAAUGUUUUACAGAAGAAAGCAGACGGAUGGUGGUUGGUACAAUAUGAAAAACAACGCGGAUGGUAUCCAUCGAAUUAUCUUAUCGAAAAAACCACAGAUAGUUUAAACUCUCUCAGUUUGUUAAAUCAAAUCAAUAAUCAAUUUAAUUGCCCAUCGUCUUCCUCCUCCAAUGGCCUUUCGUCGUCGAGUAGCGCUAAUUCGAAUGUAAAUGAAAAUCACCAGCAAAUGCGUCACAAUUCCCACCCAUUACAUAUUCCGAAAUCGAAUGAUGAUUAUGCAUUUGUUAUUAAACCAUCGAAAUUUGCGCAUUCAGAUGGAAGACUUGAUACAUGUAGUAAUUUGAACGAUGAACAAAAAUUGAAUUGCCCUUCGACCUUAUUACAGCAUCGAAUUUAUCCGUCGUCGCCGAUUAUCAAUGAAACAUUACAAAAUUUAACAUUGAAUCAAUCUCCAUAUAGAAAUCAAUGUUGGUAUUAUGGUUUAUUAAGUCGUGAUGAAGCGGAAAGAUAUUUAAGAGUAUAUGGAAAUGAAAAGGGAGAUUUCCUUAUACGAGACAGUGAACGGCGAAUUGGAAAUUAUUCGUUAAGUAUUCGUGAUGAUGUCGAUGUGAUUCGUCAUUUUCGCAUCGAAUUGUCCAACGAUGGAAAUCGAUAUCUUAUUGGCAAACGUUUGUUUAAAUCUCUCUACGAAUUGAUCGAUCAUUAUAAAACUCAUCCGGUUUAUGAUGCUGAUCAAAGUAAUAAACUCUAUCUGAAUAAACCAUUGAUUGUAACCGAUAUCGAUCAUCAGUGA